AUGGAGCUUAUCAAAAUUUUCAUUGCCCUUGUCAUUCUUCAGGUUAUUUUUCCCUGCAAUUCAGCAACCCCAUCAGCCCCUAAGAAUUCAAACCUCUUUAGAGAAUAUAUAGGAGCUGAAUUUAAAAAUGUCAGAUUCAGUGAUGUUCCUAUUAACUCAAACGUUGAAUUCCACUUCAUUCUGUCUUUUGCCAUAGACUAUGACACCUCAAGCUCUCCCUCACCCACCGAUGGAAAGUUCAACGUUUUCUGGGACUCAGAUAAUCUUAGCCCUUCACAGGUUUCGUCCAUCAAAAGUCAGCAUUCAAAUGUCAAAGUUGCGGUGAGCCUUGGAGGGGAUAGUGUUGGUAAUGGCCAUGCCUACUUUAACCCUUCCUCAGUUGACUCCUGGGUUUCCAAUGCUGUUUCUUCACUCACAAGCAUCAUACAACAAUACAACUUGGACGGAAUUGACAUUGACUAUGAACACUUUGAUGCUGAUGCUGACACUUUUUCUGAAUGCAUUGGGCGCCUUAUAAAAACUCUCAAGAAUAAUGGGGUAAUCUCAUUUGCUUCCAUAGCUCCAUUCGACGACGACCAGGUUCAGAGCCAUUACAUGACAUUGUGGAAAAACUAUGGUGACCUUAUAGAUUAUGUGAACUUCCAAUUCUAUGCCUAUGAUGCAGGAACCACAGUAUCUCAGUUCAUGAAUUACUUCAAGACUCAGACCUCAAAUUAUGAUGGUGGUAAGGUCCUGGUAAGCUUUAUUAGUGACGGAAGUGGGGGUCUAUCACCAAAUGAUGGGUUCUUUACAGCCUGCAGUAAACUGAGGAGUCAGAAUGAACUUCAUGGUAUUUUUGUUUGGUCUGCAGAUGACUCUAAAGCAAAUGGUUUCCCCUAUGAGAAGCAAUCACAAGCACUUUUGGCAAUUCCCCAUUAG